AUGUUGAACAAGCUCCAAAACUCAACUAGGAAGUUCCCGUGUCCGCCUGCUGCUGACGUCACACGGCUGACGUCACACGCGGGGGGGAAAUUAGCCCUCGAUUUGACUCGUGGGACGAAAAAUCACACAGGUCAGUGGUCCUCCACUGGGGGUCAGCUGUGUGACUACCGCUUCAUUAAAGAGAAGAAGACCUGGAAAGAAGCCCAGGAGUACUGCAGAACCAACCACACUGACCUGGCCACCGUGUCCAACCAGGGAGACAUGAAGAGACUCAAGGACCAUCCACAGUACCAAUCCGGAGCCUGGAUCGGGCUGCAGAGAGACUGGCGCUGGUCUCAGUCCGGGGUGGAGUUCAGAGACAGUAACUGGUCUUACGGACAGCCGGAUAAUCAACUCAAUAAGGAGGACUGUGUGGUGAUUGGUGGCGAAUGGAAUGACAAAUGGAAUGACAUCUCUUGUGAUGAAUCCUUUAAAUUUAUCUGCUAUGACGAAAACAAGACCUCCAACGGAACAUUUCAUGUCAGUACAUCUGGGAUGAGCUGGUCUAAUGCUCAGAGAUACUGCAGAACACAUCACACAGACCUGAUCAGUGGAGUCCAGCAGCUGGAGGACUUCAGGACCCAGGUCAAGGAUCAAGGAGGACCUUUCUGGAUCGGCCUUUUCAGGGACCCUGCCUGGAGCUGGUCUGAUGGGAGCAGCUUCUCUUUCAGACUCUGGGAACAACACAGUGAGAAGACCUGUGCUAUGACUACGUCAGGUGGAUUCUGGAGCUCUGAUGACUGUAAUAAACCCAGAACCUUCUUCUGCUACGACGAUUCUGUGAUCCUGAUCCAGAAGAACCUGACCUGGGUUGAGGCGUUAUUCUACUGCAGAGAUCACCAUGGCGACCUGGUCUCCAUCACCAACCCGGACCAGCAGCUCCGGGUCCAGGAGAGAGCCAAGAUGGCCGCCACUCCCUACGUGUGGCUGGGACUGCGCUACACCUGCACCCUGGAAUUCUGGUUCUGGGUCAGUGACGAGACGGUCCACUACACCAACUGGGACCCCAGAGAGACUACGGGGGACGACUGCAGCAUGUCUGGAGCCAUGGACAGAGGGGGGGGGCACCAGUGGGUCAAAAAGAUCGACAACAAAAACCAGUUCAAUUUCAUCUGUUCCAAGAAGUCACCACCACAAUGUAACUAAGUACUUUUACUCAAGUACUCACGUAGUAAUGUUGGGGGGACGGAGUACUUAUACCUCAAAGGUCCAACUACGGGGAAAGGUCCUAAUAUUUAAGAAAAAAAUUACAUAUUUUGAUAAAAAGUCAUAAUAUUUUUGGGAAAAAAUCGUAAUAUUUAAGAUUAAAAUUUCACAUAUUAGAAAAGAAGUUGUAACAUUAAAAAAAAAAAUUGUAAUAUUUAGUGAAUAAAGUCGUAAUAUUUGGGGAUAAAGUUGUAAUAUUUGGGGAAUAAAGUUUUAAUACUUGGGCAAUAUAGUUGUAAUAUUUUGGGGAUAAAGUCGUAACAUUUGACGAAUAAAGUUGUAAUAUUUUGGGUAAAAAGUCUUAAUAUUUUAGGAAUAAAGUCGUAAUAUUUUAGGAAUAAAGUUGUAAUAUUUUGGGAAUAAAAUCGUAAUAUUCUGGGAAGAAAGUCAUAAUAUUUUGGGAAAAAAGUCUUAAUAUUUUGGGAAUAAAGUCGUAAUAUUUUAGGAAUAAAGUCGUAAUAUUUUAGUAAUAAAGUCGCAAUAUUUUGGGAAUAAAGUCGUAAUAUUUGGGGAAUAAAGUCGUAAUAUUUUAGGAAUAAAGUCGUAAUAUUUUAGGAAUAAAGUCGUAAUAUUUUGGGGAUAAAGUUGUAAUAUUUGGGGAAUAAAGUUGUAAUAUUUUGGGAAUAAAGUUGUAAUAUUUUGGGAAUAAAAUCGUAAUAUUUGGGGAAGAAAGUCAUAAUAUUUUGGGAAAAAAGUCAUAAUAUUU